AUGAGCACCCUCUCAUUUGGUCAAGGAAGUUCAAAGUCCUUCAACGCUUACCCAAGAGGAGAGUUUGACUUGGAGUCCGGAGCCCCAAGAAAGUCCCGGCGGACAAGGGGUUCACUUUCUGAAAGCAUAAGAAUGCUAAAAUCUAUUGGAAGUCAUGCUUCCUACUUCUGUAGGUUGCAUCCCGUCGCAUUCUCCUUCAUCUUACUGCUUGUUGGGGUGACCAUCUUGGUUUUUCUAUCCAUGUCUGUCAGCGAUUCAAGGAUGAUACGGUCCUUACAUAAUCGAGGGGCAGAUCUUGGUUCCUACCCUCUUUCUGGCUUACAUAAUCUUGUGAUGGUUGCUGGCCAUUCAAUAUACACAAGUACCAGUUGUGGGAAGGUCGAUCAGGAAGAUUCAUGGUUCUUGGAGCCAUACCAAAAGAACCCAGGUCAAGCUGCCACUUUCUUAGCACACAUAAAGGAAGGCAUUGGGCUUGCGUCAGAAGAUGAUGGCGCUCUCCUUUUGUUCAGUGGUGGUGAGACAAGAAAGAAUGCUGGACCUCGAAGUGAGGCACAGAGUUACUGGGCAGUUGCCGAAUCUAAAGGCUGGUAUGGUAAGUUAUCUUCUGCAACGCUCAAGUUUUUACGAAAUUUUAUUCUCCUCCAUGUAUUUGACUCUUUUUUACCAUAAGGUAAGAUUGAUGAACUAACUGCUAAUUACAAUAAGCAGUAUUCUGGUUCACCAAACUUUAAAUUCAUCUGUUGCUUAGUUUUUAUUUUAGGGUUGGAGAAGAUGCUUCUGCUCCGAGUGUGUGCCAAUUUUUUUUGUUAGAAUGUUGAUUAUAUUAAACUUCCUGCUUGUAUGUCAAAGGAUGAGGAAAAUUUUCCUUGUUGUCAAAGUAUCUCUUUUGGUGACCAGAAGGAGGCCAGCCGAGGAGCUAGAAAGGAAAAAAGCUUGAUUGUCUUCCGUUUGAUAUUACAUAGAUUUAAAAUGACAGGUUUAUGUGGUAUCUGGGAAGAAGAAACCUCUGGGGGCCUUUUGGUUUGUUACUUCGGAGAUAUUUUUGUCUACUGCAGUUACCCAAUUCCGUCGUGGAUUUAGUGGGUUAUCCUCGCCUAAUCCCAGUUUUUCCAUUGCCUUUUGAACCCCAUUAUCGUAAACUAUAUGUAAUACCAUAUUCCAUCUGUUCUCGGAUCACAUGGGGGCAAGGUUCAAGUAUCAGAAAAAUCUUUUGACGAGAAAAACGCUAUAAAAUGUUGUCUAAUUGGUUGUUGGUUUGGUCUUCAAUUCGUUGCAGACGUUUUACCUUUUUAAGCUGAAAAAGAUAAUCUCUCACUGAGAAAUUUGUUCAUUUAUUUUCUGAAAGUGGAAAUGCCACCAAGUUUGAGGUGUUUUGAACCAUUCAGUAUCUUCACUAGGAGAAUAAAAUAACUAAAUAGUAAAAAAGGAUCCGACAGUUCGGUACCGCUCAAAAGCAUAAUUUCAUAUUAGUUCUCGGUUCAUUUUCAUGGGUUAGAAUAAGUUCUAUGACCUCAUCAUGUGUGCAGCAUUGACAUCCUCUGUUUCUUUGCUUUGCUCAUGAGAGAUUCUGAUGACGUCUAUAUCUAUUUUGAUCAGUUUUACUUAAGACAUGAUGAUCACACAUGCGGUUAAUGUGGAGUAUCAUUAAGUAGGAUCAUUUCUAUUCUUUAAAUUCUCGUUACUAGUGCUUCAGAUUGCUAACAAUGCCUGUUGCGAUCGUUCGGACGAUGUUCACCAACACACUCUCUUUAAAGCCUUUGCAUUUCAUUCUAAAUUUUAUUUUUUUUGGUCCUUUUCGAGAAAAUUUCUUGAAAAUAUACAGGUGUUUGAAGAUAAUUGAAAAUAUUUUAUCAUGAAUGUGAAGGGCCGUCAAUGGGCCUUAUAGAAACCUGGCCCAGGGGCCAUUCAUAUCCCCAAGGAAUGUGUAAACUGCAGUUUUCUUCCUCCUACCUCAUCAUGUUACCACACUUUUCCUCCCCCCCUGAUGAACUGUUUUUUCUGCCAUUUCGGUGUGUAAACUGCAGUUUGUUUUUUGGUAUGCUUGUUCUUCCUCCUAUUUCAGCAUUUUAUCAUGCUCCCCCCCCCCUCCCCCCUCUAUGGACUGUUCUUGAUCCUCGGCAUUCUCCGGUUCAACUAGAGCUCUCCAAGUUAUUCACUGGAAUUCCUCCAUCUGGGCUUCUGAGCUUCAUUCAUCUCUUUUAUGUCCAGGCAAGGUAGACAGCGUGCGCAAGAGAACACUUACCGAGGAACACGCCAGAGAUAGCUUUGAGAACCUCCUCUUCAGUGUCUGCAGAUUCCGGGAGCUCACUGGCGACUACCCUCGCAACAUUACAGUAACCACCCCUCCUCUCCUCCUUCAUCUGUUCCUCUCAAUAAUGUAUACACACAAAUUACGUAGAUAAAUGGGCAUUACCUCGGUAUCCUUCGUGUUAUCCAUCGUCCCAUUUCUUACAUACCCAAUUGUUAUUGAUAUAUAUACUUGUCUAUGCAUAUUUUUAUGGAGAUUCCCUCAACAUUACCUUUCUCAGAUGCCCACUUAUUCACAAACUAUACAUAUCUACGCACAUUCAAGGGGAUUCUUCAAUCAUCUUCAUAAUAGCAGCCACUACUCCUUUCACAGAUGCCUACCUCCUGCUCAUAAAUCCCCCUUGGUAUCUUUCAGGUGGUGAGCUACGACUUCAAGGAGGAGAGGUUCGCCCUACUCCACCGGGGGGCAAUCGGGUUCCCGCGGCAGAGGUUCUCCUUCGUCGGCACACCGGCGGCGCCCGCCGCCAGGGAGGCGGCGACGAAGGGCGAAGCCGCCGUGCGGGCCCAGUUCCAGGAGGACCCAUUCGGCUGCUCCGGUGCCCUCCGUCGCAAGAGGCUCCGGCGAGACCCCUUCCACCGCUCCGUCCCCUACCCAGCCGGCUGCCCAGAGCUCAGAGGCCUCUUUGACUACUGCGGCCCUGCUCCCUAUCCGGGACCCCUUCCGUGGGGGCCAGACAGGCUCCUGGGUGGAUCAUCUGAGGGAGAAGUAUAUUAG